GUUGAAAUUAUCACCACCACUGCUGCAGAAGCUCCCCACUGUUCCAAAAAUCCCGCGUCUUGGCUUCAUUUUCAUCUGCAGGCGAUGCUCACUUGCUGAUUUUAUCGCGCGUGGGUUCGGGCUGACUUAGAAACCCCUCGUUGAUUACCACACUACACCGCCCCCUCCUCCUCGCCCCGAAAUCUUACCUUAAAUACUCUCUCUCUCCGAUUCUACACGGAGCCAUACAAUGUCCUGCCGAUAGGGUUUCACCUCUCUCGCUCUCAUUCCUCCCCCUCUUUUUUCCCGUUUUCUUGGUUGGAUCAGACGUAGUUCCCCUCCUUACUCCCAUGGCGGCUGCAGAACAUGCGAUCACAAUCAAGAAUGAUAUGUCAAUGGAGCUCCCUACACUUCCCCCCAAUCAGGGGGUUGAGGCGUUUAAGGAUAUAAUGUUCGGGUCCACAGCAGGAAUGGCUGGAAAGGUCAUCGAAUACCCCUUUGACACGGUGAAGGUGCGCCUGCAAUCUCAACCCGACCAUCUGCCUCUUCGAUACAAGGGGCCAAUAGACUGCUUUCGGCAGUCAUUUCAGGCAGAUGGCUUUAGAGGGUUAUAUCGAGGUCUCAGCGCCCCUAUGGCCGGUGCUGCCAUAGAGAAUAGCUGCUUGUUCUGGAGCUAUCGCAUGAUCCAAGAUAUCUUAAAGUCAACAUGUUACUCUUCGACAGACCCGCUACCCUUCUCAGCCUUACUGGUCAGUGGGGCGGCAUCUGGGUCCAUCACUUCACUUGCCCUCACUCCCGUUGAACUCAUCAAGUGCAAAAUGCAGGUACCUCUGGAAGGUUCCAGUACCAGGGCCGCUAGUCCACUCUCUUUGGUCGCAACCAUAUUCCGUCAAGACGGUAUCCUAGGAUUUUGGCGAGGGCAGCUGGGGACUCUCAUACGAGAGACUGGUGGAGGUGCCGCCUGGUUUGGGGGCUACGAGGGGGUCUCGGCGCUUUUCCGCGCAUAUCCCACAUCCGCUUCGAAAGGCGGUUCAGAGAAUCAAUCGGCUUCUCUCCCGCUUUAUCAACAAAUGAUUGCUGGAGCAGCAGCUGGUAUAAGCUACAACUUUUUAUUCUAUCCGGCAGAUACAAUUAAAUCCCGCAUGCAAACAGAAGAUAUAACCCGCGGCUCCAUCAAUGGUCAACGGCAAACUUUCUGGGGCGCCGGCAAGGCUCUAUGGAAGCAACAAGGACUCAAGGCUUUGUACCGAGGCUGCGGGAUAACUUGCGCACGAUCAGCACCCAGUUCAGCCUUCAUUUUUACAGUGUACGAAGGACUACGGAGUUAUUUUGGAUAAACUGCUCUACAUUAGACGUACAUCUUUCUUCUCUUAUAUUGGAUGAUACCUCUGGCCUCGUUCCUCU